AUGGUUUCUCGGGCUCUUUCUUCCGGCACUAUUCGGCAGUUGUCCAAAAUGAUGUAUAUCAUGCUGCGAUGGAUUUUUUUGUCGAUAGUGCUUAUACCCAAAAAGCCACACCCGGAAUCUUUCACGGACUUCAGGCCCAUUUGUCUUUGCACUUUCAUCAGUAAAGUGCUUACCAGAAUUGUAGCUUCGCGGCUUAGUCCAAUUCUCCCUAAAAUAAUUUCAAAAGAGCAAGCGGGCUUUGUGGAAGGGCGAAGUAUACAAGACAACGUUCUUCUGGCUUUUGAGCUCUUACAGUAUCUUGACAAGAAAUGCCGGGACUCGAAUGUUGUCGUUAAACUUGAUAUGAUGAAAGCAUUUGACCGGGUGGCGUGGCCUUUCCUCAGUGCUGUCUUAUCAAGGCUUGGCUUUCCACCUGCCUUUGUCACCAUUGUUAUGAAUAACCUCCUGGCGACGCGGCUUUCAGUUCUAGUUAACGGAUUGGGUGUUGGCAUGGUCUCGCCUUAUUCUACGGCCGCCUGCUGCCCUAUGGUUACUCAUCUGGCCUUUGCAGACAACAUUGUCAUUUUUGCAAAUGGGGCUUCGGGCUCCUUAAAGGCGCUUGCAGAGGUUCUUAAAAAGUAUGAGGCAGCCUCUGGUCAGAAAAUUAAUUUUCAUAAGAGUUUUUUUGUCACAGCUCGAUCGUGCCCGAGUCACCGUGCAUCUGCCAUAGCCCGCAUCCUUGGUAUGCAGCAGUCUUCGCUGCCUUUUCGUUAUUUGGGAGUUAAUUUAUUCAAAGGCCGGAACCGCCCAAUAUUUUAUAAACAUCUAUUAGAGAAGAUUGAUGGCAAGUUAGUAUCAUGGCAUCGAAAACUGCUUUCCCCAGGUGGCCGUCUUACUCUUAUCAAGCAUGUUCUGGCGAUGAUCCCUCUAUACACCGUAGCCUCGGUGAUGCUUCCUCGCCAAACGGAGAAAGCUAUUGAAGUUAAAUUUGCCAGAUUUUUUUGGGGUUUAGUGGAAGGUCGUCCGAAGAGGCAUUGGGCGGCCUGGUCCAACCUUGGCCUUCCCGUGGAGGAGGGGGGCUUGGGCAUCAGAUUUCUUAACCCUAUUCAACAUGCUUUCUCGGCUAAGCUCUACUUCCAUUAUUUGCAGGGAGGCACGUUAUGGAGUGAGUUUAUGCGCGCUAGUUAUCCAGAACACCGUGAGCGGGCAGCCCCCUCUCUCACGUGGCGUCGCAUGCAGGACUUAACGGAGUUCGUCACCGAGCACACGGUGAGCGGCUACUCGGGAUCCCAGGUAUGGUCUCUUUCGACUUAUGGCAAUUUUACCUUUUCUUCAGCGUACAAUGCGCUCCGACCGACAGGUGGUCGCUGUCUUUCCGCCUCUGGGGCGGGGGCUGCCUUCAAAAGUGUCUAUUUUCAUGUGGAGAUUGCUACGCCGUUUGCUGCUAUUUUCGGAUAUUCUACAGCGGUUUGGUUUUUCUAUGCCCUCGGGCCGUUGCCAGCUCGAUACGUUCGCAGUGUCAUUCAUGGUUGUUAUUGGCUCCAGCCGGAUCUGCUACAAUAUCUUAUGGUUCCUAUAGAAGGCCUACAAUGCUUAUGCUUCCGCUUUGAGGCCUCGUCAGCCAUGGAAGCCGAAACUCUAUCUCUUCAGCUGGCUGUACAAUGUUGGGCUGCCUUUGCCAUGGCUCCUUUUGCUGUGGAAGUCGACUCUCUCUCCCUCACCAACUUGAUCUCUGCGCAGGAUAUAAGGAUUCCAUGGAGAAUUGAGCCAGCAGUUUUUUACGUUCGGUCCACUCUUUGUUUAUGGGGUUCCAGUAUUCGACAUAUUUACAGGGAAGCCAAUCACGUUGCGGACGCUCUUGCAACAGUUGGCCUCGGCUUUAACACUUCAAAAAUUUUUCAUACUUUACACUCGCUGCCUUCUGCGGCUAAGCUGGCCUUACUGUUUGAUGUAAGGGGUUUUGCCACGCGUCGGUCUAUUCGUUGCUAA